AUGGAGUAUCAUAUUGUUUGGUUAGAUUCAAAUAUUAAUUCAGUUAAUGAAGCUUAUCAAAAUGAUAUUAUGCAAUUAAAGCAAGUUAUCGAUUCUGUUGAUGUAUUUACUAAUUUGAAUGGAUGUAUUGAUUUUGUUAAUAAACUGAAAAACAAAAAAGUAUUUAUGAUUAUAUCCAAAGACUUAAAUGCAGAAAUCGUACAGUUAAUUCACAAUAUACCGCAAAUAAAAUCCAUUUAUGUGUUUUGUGAUAACCAUUCGGAUCAUCAGUUGUGGGCUGAACAAUACAAGAAAGUCAAAGGUGUUUUUACUCAAAUAAAAAACAUUUAUUAUUCGCUCAAUAACGAGAUUCGACGAAAUGACGAGUGCUUGAUUACGUUCAGCAAUAUAUCUUUGGAUGAUACUCUACCACCAGGCUCAAAUCAACUCAAUCAAUCAUUUAUGUAUUCUCAAUUACUUAAAGACACUUUUCUCAAAAUUGAAGACGAAGACAGAACGAAGGAAAUGAAAGAAUUAAUUACAUUUUUACGUGAUGAAUAUGCCAACAGGAAUUUUGAGUUGAAAUUAAUUGCGGAUUUCGAAAAAAAUUAUGACUGCAAUUCGUCAGUCAAAUGGUAUUCGAAAGAACUUUUUAUCUAUUCGACAUUAAAUACGGCUUUACGAACUCAAGAUAUUGAUAUUAUCGUGAAGAUGGGAUUCUUUAUUCGAGAUCUUCAUCGACAGAUCGUUCAAUUACAAUCGUCAACUACUAAUAUAAUACCAUCAACUGUCUAUCGAGGGCAGAGAAUGUUAAGUACCGAAUUUGAGAAGCUGAAAAAUAGCAAGGGUAGUUUGUUAUCAUUCAAUAAUUUUUUAUCUACAAGCAAGGACGAAGCUAUGCCGCGUGCUCUUGCAGAAAGUAGUUCACAGGUAGCUUGUAUGAUCGGAAUUUUAUUUGAAAUAAAAAUCGAUCCUUCAAACAUAUCUUCGUCGUUCGCUGCAAUAGAUGGUAUCAGUCAAUUCCCUGACGAAGAAGAGAUUCUUUUCUCGAUGAAUACGGUGUUUCGAAUCGAUGACAUGCAAUUUAUUGAUAAUCGAUUGUGGAAAGUGUACUUAACAUUAACGAGUGAUACUGAUGAACAAUUGCAACGUGUCAUCGGCUCUUUUCGACAAGAGCUCGGCGUAGGAACUGGACAACAACAAUUAGCACACUUAAUGAUGAAGCUGGAUAAAAAUGACAUCGCUGAAAAAAUAUACUCAGAAUUACGAAAGUUUACGACUACCGAUAAUUGGAAAGAACUUGCUUUAAUAUAUAAUCAGCUCGGAUCCAUUGAUGUCGCAAAAGGCAGCUACGAGACAGCACUUUCGUUUUUUAAGAAAACAGCCGAUAUCGAAAAACAAUUUCUUUCUGCCAACGAUCCAAGUCUGGCUGUCACCUACAACAACAUCGCCGAAACUUAUCACUCGAUGAAAAACUUUUCUACGGCACUUGAUUUUCAUGGAAAAGCACUUCGGAUUUAUCAGGAAUAUCAUCCUCAAAAUUAUCUAUUGCUAGCUGCCACUCACAAUAACAUUGCUGUUGUUCAUAAAUCGAUGGGAAAUUAUCAAAAAGCACGACUAAUGUAUCAGAAAGCAAUUGAAGUUGCAGAAAACGAUGGUAUUCCCAAUCAUCCGAAAUUAGCUACUAUCUACGAAAAUCUCGCCUCGCUGCAUACAUUAUUCUAUGAAUAUCAUGAAGCGCUUUCUUUUUAUGAGAAAGCAUUGGAAAUCAACAAAAAAACUCUUCCUCCUAACCAUACGUCGUUACUUAUAACUUAUAAUAAUAUGGUCUCAGCUUACACUUCAAUGGGAAAAUAUUCGGACGCACUUUUACUGUUUCAACAAACGCUCGAAGUUCCAUUGACACAGCUCGAUGAAGAUGACCCGUUGUCGGCUGUAAUCUAUAUCAAUAUUGGUCUCGCCUAUUUAGAAAUGGGAAAUGAUUCAGAAGCAUGGUUAUAUUAUCAAAAAGCAUUGGAAAUCCAGAAGAAGAAUGACCCCGACAAUAAUUUAGAUAUGGUUACCACGUAUUGCAACAUCGGUGAUUUCUAUCGAACAAAAAGAGAAUUCCACCAGGCAUUUUCUUUUUAUCACAAGGCUCGAGAAAUUGAAGAAAAGUGUUUACCACCUACUCAUCCAAAUCUAGCAACGACUUAUAACGAUCUCGGCGAUAUGUGUCGAGAAUUGAAGAACUACGAGAAAGCACAUGAAUACUUUCAAAACGCGCUCAACAUACGGAAGGAAUGCUUUGGUUCCGAUCAUUCAUCUUUAGCUUCUGUUUUCAACAACAUCGGGGCGUGUCAUCAAGCAACGAACAACUAUACAUGUGCAUUAUCGUGCUAUGAGAAGGCGCUGAAGAUUUAUGAAACACCUGACUCGUCCAAUUGUCAGAACUUAGCGUUAACUUAUAACAAUAUCGGACAUUUACGUUAUUUGAUGAAAGAUUACUCGACUGCGCUGGAAUUUUUUCAAAAAACACUUGAUAUCGAGUUAAGGUUUCUCGGCUCGAACCAUCCAGAUUUGGCUUACACUUAUAACCACAUAGCAUAUGCACUAGAAGGUCAACAGCGAUACGAAGAAGCAUUCAUUCAUUUAAUGAAAGGCAUCUAUAUUUUCAAUCAUCAUUCCAACUCUGAUGACUGCCGUCUACAAAUUUUGUUUGAUCAUUUAGAAAUAUUUGUGAGAGAAUGUUUGUCUAGAUUGUAA